GAGCAUCGUCCAGCCUGGUGGUCAAGUUUGCCGACACGGACAAAGAGCGCACUAUGCGCCGGAUGCAGCAAAUGGCGGGGCAGAUGGGCAUGUUCAACCCCAUGGCCAUACAGUUUGGAGCCUACGGCGCUUAUGCACAGGCACUGAUGCAGCAACAGGCUGCCAUCAUGGCCUCUGUGGCUCAAGGCGGCUACCUAAACCCCAUGGCGGCCUUCGCAGCAGCCCAGAUGCAGCAGAUGGCCGCCCUCAACAUGAACGGGCUGGCGGCCACCCCCAUGACGCCCACCUCAGGUGGCAGCACGCCUCCAGGCAUCACUGCACCAGCCGUGCCUAGCAUCCCCUCCCCCAUCGGGGUGAAUGGUUUCACUGGUCUCCCGCCACAGGCCAAUGGGCAACCUGCAGCAGAAGCCGUCUUUGCCAACGGCAUCCAUCCUUACCCAGCACAAAGUCCAACCACGGCUGAUCCUUUGCAGCAAGCAUACGCUGGAGUACAGCAAUACGCAGGUCCUGCUUAUCCUGCAGCCUAUGGUCAGAUAGGCCAGGCCUUCCCACAGCCACCUCCCAUGAUUCCACAGCAACAGAGAGAAGGACCAGAGGGCUGCAACCUGUUUAUCUACCAUCUGCCCCAGGAGUUUGGGGACGCAGAGCUGAUGCAGAUGUUCCUGCCAUUCGGUAAUGUCAUCUCCUCGAAAGUGUUUGUGGAUCGGGCGACAAACCAAAGUAAAUGCUUUGGCUUUGUGAGUUUUGACAAUCCUGCUAGCGCCCAAGCGGCCAUCCAGGCCAUGAAUGGCUUCCAGAUUGGGAUGAAGAGGCUGAAGGUCCAGCUGAAAAGGCCAAAGGAUGCUAACCGUCCUUAUUGAAGCACGGUGGGAAACACUGGAUAAGCAAGGUCUAGCACAGGGCAUCAGCUGAAUGGGCCACCCUUAGAGAAAUAUAUAUAAAUAUAGAUAUAUAUAUAUAAAUAAAUAUAUAUAUAUUAAAUAAAUAUAUAUAGGAACGAGAACUGUGAGAUUACACCUUUAAACAUCUCAGUCAAGUGGAAAACUUCAGACUUUUAACGCUCUUUCUGGUUGUUUCGACUGGAAACUUUGCUUAGAGGAAAGUCACGUUCAGCUGGCUUUGAAGGACACAUGGUGGACAACUAAAACUGUACCAACUAUCCGAUGAACGAAUCAAGAACAUUGGAGAAAAAAAAAGAAAGAAAAAGAAAGAAGAGAAGAGAAAUCACGGCAGGAGCAAGAUUGACUUGGAUUUCUACCGUGAACUUGAUCUAAACCAUCAUAGCUUUUCCCCGAUUCGGAAAUGCUAAAAGUGUGCCUGUGGCCAUCACGGAUGGGGUUGCUAUGGUCGCCCAUGGCAACCGUCACUAAGCAUUCUUUAUCUGUCAUUCCUUAGCUACAUAGGGACCAAAGGACAUAACUUUUUACCGCAAACUUGUAGUUGUAUGUAAAUUACUCAGAAGAUCUUUCCGUUUCUCUUAGCUGUUCCCGCUAAGACAGCUUUGGAGAGCAAUUCUAUGAAAUAAUGUAUAAAAAAAACAAAACAAAAAAAACUAAAACUCAGCUUCGACGCUUUAAAAAAAAAGGCAAGAUAAUAGUUCUUUGAUACUUUGGAAGGUCUUUGGAUAUACAUUAAUUAGAGUCUAUGAAACUUUCAUAUGGUUUUCUUUAUAAUAGGGAUGGACCAAGGGGGUUUGAAGGGGCAGGUACAGGGGAGAAUUUUGUCGGAAGACGAAGAAGAGAAAAGAAAAUAUGGCUCCAUAUUUGGGUAAGGAGAAAGAAGAAGGGGAAAAAAAGUGUACCGUAGAACGAUAGCUUGUUUAUAUUAAAAAAGGGGGGGCCCUACCUCCCCUACCAAAACCCCUAAUAGUUGUACAGAAUUAAAAAAAAAAGUUUAAAUACCUAUAUAAUGGGGCAGGGGGAAGAUUAGAUGACAUAAAAAGCAAAAAAAAAAAAAAGCAAAAAAAAUAUAUAGGCGUUAGCGUUAAUGCUAAGAAAACAUACAAAGAUGUAGAAACUUUUUUGUAGCGUUUAGAUUGAUAUCCGUUCCUGCUCUAAUCAACUGCUGUUGGAAGCGGUUGUCUGAUGGACAGGCAGGGCAGAGAAAGUGGCUUCAUUUGGCAAGUUUUUGAUUAUAACCAUCAAAAGUCGUACUAAGUCGUACCGAAAUCGGUGGAUAAUUAACCACUCGAAAGUCUUGAACCAACCGAUAACUCAGCAGCUGUCAAGUCCAAAGUUUAGUUGAACUUGACGGAAGGCAAAUCAAAGGUUGGACAUUUUCCACGAAACGCAUUGCCAAAAGCCACUGAUUUAACUUUUUGCUUUGAUAGCUUCCAUAUUUGUUCUAAAUCCUUCAGGACGGGGGCAAGGAGGGGCGGGGAGGGUGCGGGAUUUAGCCUAGAACCUUAAUCUUAAAAAAAGAAAAACCUUUAAAAAAAUCAUAAAAGUAUGGGAAAAAAUACAGACACAAAAAAAAAAUUACAAAAAAAAUGCAAUCUCUUUGAAGAAUUUCUGAAACUGUUUACAAGGAAUUUUGAAAAACGGGGAUGUUUAAAAAAAAGAUGCUGGCUCUGUUUUUCUGUAAAUAAAUUUGCAUAUUUUGUAGGACUUUUAAUUGUAAUGAUAGAGAAAAAAAAUCAAGGAAAAAACUAUUUAAGGAAGCACGAUAUUUAUCUUUGGUAAAUGACUUUAGAGCAGUUAAAAAAAAGAAGUUGCUUUAAAAUCUGAAUCAGAAAAAUAGAAACGAUUAUUUAAGAACACAUAUAUUUUAAAGGAUAUCAUAUUUAUUAUAAUUUAUUUCCAUGGGAUUAAGAUUUGAUUUUAAGUGUGUAGUUUCUUUCCUCACUUCCCCUCCCUCACUCCUACCGUUUUAUCAGAUCAAACAAAUAAUUAUUCAUUAUUCUUUCUGAAUAAUUGUUUUCCUUUGGGUUAGAUUUGGGGGAAGUUUAAAAAAAAAAUUUUUUUUUUCCUAUUUUCAUUUCCCCUCCAUCUUGGAUCUGAUUUUGAAGUCUUUACACCAGGGGUCUCCAACCUUGGCAACUUUAAGACUUAUGGACUUCAACUCCCAGAGUUCAUCGGCCAGUUUUGCCGGUUGAGGAAUUCUGGGAGUUGAAGUCCACAAGUCUUAAAGUUGCCAAGGUUGGAGACCGCUGCUUUACACUGGCUUAACACCCCCAAAUCUUCUCCGGUGGUUUGGCUAGGAGUUGACAGCCACAGCAAGCCGGUAUCUCGGUGUAUAAAAUGCCAUGCAAUUCCAUAAAAGUGCUCUGAGUCUCAAUUCCCUUAAAACUCCUUGUAAUCUUAUGUAAUUAAUGAAUGACGCUUACCAGCUUAGCCCUAAAUAAAGCACAGUUUAAAAAAAAAACAUA